UAUCCUUGAGCUGGAGUUCUGGAUGUGUCGGCCGCGCGAGCCGCCAUUUCAAAGCAAACUGGGAUAAUAUUUAUGUAUAUAUAUACACCGAAUUUAGUUUUAUAUAUUUUAUUGCAAACAGGUGCAUUUACUUUUUUAAUUUUACACCAAACGUCGCAUUACAUCCAAACUUUUUUCUUGCGGAGAUGGAUGGUGAAGCGGCGCAGGUUGCAGAACACACAGAGACCAGUGCAGCUUCUACGGAAGGAGUCACAUCCAUCAACAAAGCCAGGGGUAGGGGGUCUAAAGGCCCUGGUCGAGAGGGCCGGACAGCUAGAGGUGGACGUGGUGGGAGGAGUAUGAUGAUGAAGGCACAUGGUCCCUCUGGACGAGCCAGAGGAAGAGGCAGAGAUGCAGCAAUGAAUGGCUUUGGACCGGGAAGACGAGCUAUGGGAAGGAUGCGGCCGUACCCUGAACUCCGAGGUCACCAGGGAGGGCGGGGUGGACCCAUGGGAUUGGGGCGCCCCCCUCCUCUUCCUCCCCCUCCUCCCCCUCCACCAAUGCACAUGAGAGGUCCUUACCCACCCAUGCACAGGCCUGGCCCUCCACCCCCACCCCCACCAGGGCAUCCUGGCUUUAGGGGACACCCCCCUCACCUCCGGGGUCGAGGAAUGCACCCAGGUCCGCCUUGCCAUUUCCGCCCCAGAGGCUUCUACUGUGGACCGCCCACUCCUCCGCCUCCCCCACCACCUGGCAGAGGCCAGCGCUGGCCGGGGCCUCCCGUUGGCCGGCGCUUUUAAAUCUGCUUACUGUUUAACGCUUAGCACCUUUUUAAUAGGGGCCCACGUUUAGGUGUAACGGGACGCUCGCUUUUCAAGCACCUUGAGCUCCUCACAAAGACUUUGUAGGGAAAUGUUUGGUCUCAACUCACAGUGGAGGCACCACACACGCAAAAGGGCCUCAGAUCACGUAAAGAACGGACAUCUUGCCUGUUUUAUGCCGAGACGCAGCGUUUCAAACCCUCCUCUCCUUCUCUAAAACCUGCGUUUUAAUGAAGCGAGAAGAUACCUUUAGGCAUAGGGAAAUACUACUCUGUUGUCGAAAGGGACAAAAAGUUGACUUAUCAGUUCCGCAUCUGGCUGUUCUUGGAUCACAACCAGAUGUUUUUUGCUGCCAAAGUAGUUGCUUGACAGUAUUGAAGGAAUUUUUAAAGAAACUGAGAAAAAGAAUAAAAAAAGAGAAAGAGAAGCCAGCACAACAGCCCUUCAGCACCAGUAUUAGCUCCUUGUUGUGUGACUCCUUGGACCUCCCCAACUAUUACUUUAUUACAUAAACAUAGUCUAAAAUCCUAACUGUAUAUACAGUAACAGCGGCAGAAGCUGCAAAGUGUGUGGCACACUGGGAAAGGUAUUAAAAAUACCACAUGUACCUGUCAAGUGUUCUUGAUCCUUAAAGGUAACAUAAAGAGUUAAAUGUCUUUAAUGUGCAGGUGUUUUAAGUUAAUAUAUGUUUAGAACAAUUUGGUUGUGUACUACGAUUAUUGUUAAAUGGACUUCUAAAAUGGAUA